AUUCACCACUCCCCUCCCCUCCUCAUGGUUGUUUUCCUAUGAUCGUGUGUGAUAAGUGCAUGGACUCUUUGAAAUGGCAGCCGUACCAAUUUGUGUUCGUUUCGGAAAAAUUAUCACUGAAAGUUGCUUAUCAGUGAACAAAAACAUAAAUUUAAGGUCAAAUUAUGGGUUAAAUCUAGGGAAGUGGACAAGCUGUAGUCAAAGUAGAAGUUUUUGUACGCCACUCUCACAGAAGCCAACGGAAAACUCACCACCUCCAAUGGACGCAGACACUAAGCAGCUAAUAAGUCAAAUUGAAGAUCUAAACAAAUCUGUGGAAGAACUGAGCAAUGAAAAAGCUGAACUAUUGGAUAAAUACAAGCGAUCACUGGCAGACUCAGAAAAUCUUAGACGGAGAAUGGCGAAACAAAUAGAAGAUGCCAAGUUGUUUGGAAUUCAAGGUUUCUGCAAAGAUUUAUUAGAGGUAGCAGACAUUCUCAGUAAGGCAACAGAAUGCGUUCCUAAAGAAGAAGUAACCGAUAAAAAUCCGCAUUUAAAAAAUCUAUACGAAGGUCUAACAAUGACAGAGGCUGAGCUGAAGAAGGUCUUCAAAAGGCAUGGUUUAGAACUUGUGAAUCCGAUCAAUGAAAAAUUCAAUCCAAAUCUUCAUGAAGCCUUAUUCCAACAGGAGGUUGCAGGGAAAGAGCCUGGAACUGUUGUCGUCGUCUCCAAACCUGGAUAUAAACUGCAUGAGAGAGUGGUGCGACCAGCUCUCGUUGGAGUCGCAUCCUGAACAUCAAGCGGAGCCUAGUUAAACAAUUGUACAUCUUAAUUUCAUAAGAACUAUUCCUGGGUAUCAUGGUAGCAAGCAUGCUCGCCAACAUUUUAUCUAUUUUGUUAGUUGUUAAGAUUACCCUGUAUGUUGGUAAGGAUAUUCACGCAAAAGUAUCACCAGUUAAAAUAUCUAUCACCAGUUUUAGCUGUUCGUUUAUAUUUUGGUUUUUUGUAUUUUGUUUUCACCUCUGUAAUUACAACUGUAACUAACUUA